AUGGCGCCACCAGGACGCCGGAGAGGCCAACUCUCCCCUGCCACCAUUCUCCUCGGUCUUGUCUUCCUGUUCUCGUCAACGGCCUCAGCUGCCUCAGCCGUCAUCGGAGUCGACCUUGGCACUGAAUACAUCAAGGCUGCACUCGUGAAGCCGGGCAUCCCUCUUGAGAUCGUCCUCACCAAAGAUUCAAAACGGAAGGAGACGUCAGCCGUUGCCUUCAAGCCUGCAAAGAGUGGGCCACUCCCGCCGGGCUCUUAUCCCGAACGCUUCUACGGCAGCGAUGCGAUUGCGCUCCAAGCACGAUUCCCCGGCGAUGUAUACCCCAACUUGAAGCACCUUCUUGGUGUAUCAAGCGAAAGCGAAAUCGUCGGCACAUACAAGGAGAGAUACCCUGCGCUUGAAGUCACAGGCACACAAGACCGCAACACCGUCAGCUUCCAGAGCGGGGUAUUCUCAAAGGACAAGUCUUACACGGUUGAAGAGCUACUGGCAAUGGAGCUGAAGAAUGUCAGGGAGAACGCAAAGGCGCUGGCAGGCAAGGCCUACGACAUCCAGGACGUCGUUUUCACUGUCCCAGCAUUCUACACCGUGGAAGAGAGGCGCGCGCUUCAGGUUGCGGCACGAUUGGCGGGCCUCAAGGUUCUCAGUGUGGUAUCUGACGGUCUAGCUGUUGGUCUCAACUACGCUACUGGCAGGACUUUCCCAGACGUUACAAAAGACGGCAAGCCGGAGAUCAACCUCGUAUUCGACAUGGGCGCGGGAUCUACGUCUGCCAGUGUUGUCAAGUUCCAGGGCCGUACUGUCAAGGAUGUUGGCAAACGCAACAAGACUGUCCAGGAGGUCCAGGUCAUGGGUACUGGGUGGGACAGGACUCUUGGAGGCGAUGCGCUGAACUCGCUCAUCGUCGAUGAUAUGGUCUCCACCUUCACCGAGCUUCCGGCCGCAAAGAGCGCUUCGCUCACUGCUGACAAGGUCAAGACUCAUGGACGAACCGCUGCGAAGCUCUUCAAGGAAGCUGAGAGGGUUCGUCAGAUGCUCAGCGCUAACAAGGAGACAAAUUCCUUUUUCGAGAGCUUCCAUGAGGAUAUUGACUUCCGCUACAAGUUUUCUCGCACAAAGUUUGAGGAGCUUACCGCUGCCUAUGCUGCCCGUGUUGACGGUCCAAUUAACCGAGCUCUUGAGGCCGCUGGUCUUACCAUUGCCGACAUUGAUUCCGUUAUCGUCCACGGUGGUGCAAGUCGUACACCCUUCGUUCAAGCUCGUCUUGAGGCAGUUGCAGGCAAGAACAAGAUCAGGGCGAACGUCAACGCCGAUGAGGCCGCCGUGUUUGGUGCUGCCUUCAAGGCCGCUAGUCUCAGCCCUUCUUUCCGUGUCAAGGAAAUCCGCGACUCAGACAUUCAAGGAUACAACCACGGCAUUCAGUACUCGUUCAACCUCAAGGAUCGCGACCAGAAGAUUUUCACUCCUACCACCAAGCUUGGAGCGACCAAGGAUCUCCCUUUCCAGAUGAUGGGCGAGUUCGAGUUCACAAUAUAUCAGGCACUGCCCAGGGCUAAUGGCGAUGUUUCCAAGGAGCCCACUCUUCGAUUUUCAAGCGGCAACUUGACCAGGGCUGUCACCAAGAUGAUUGACGAGGACAAAUGCGACCGCCAAAGCUUCAACAACUACGUCCAGGUUAGGCUAAGCCCGAUCACUGGUACUCCUGAAAUCGUUUCAGCGUGGGUAACGUGCGAGACUGAGGAGGCCAAGGGUGGUAUUGUCGAUGGCGUCAAGAACUUGUUUGGUAUGGGUGGCAAGAAGGACCAAGAGCCGCUCAAGGAGGGCGAGAGCUCCUCUUCAUCUGCUUCGGCGUCCUCAUCUUCUUCUACGUCAUCCUCGGCUGAUGCUGAGAGCACCGAUGCCGCCAAGCCUGACGAGAAGAAGAUCAAGACUGUCAAGUCCGCCAUCACCUUCGAUGUCGAGCAGCUAGGCUACAAGAAAAUUCCUCGCAAAGAGCUCAAGAGGAUGCAGGACAGGCUCGCCGCUUUUGAUUCGUCGGACAAGUCCCGUCGUCUUCGGGAAGAAGGCUUGAACUCGCUAGAAGCUUUCACUUACCGUGCACGCGAUUACCUUGAGGAUGAGUCCUUCAUUGGCGCUUCCACAGCAGCUGUCCGCGAAAGUCUUGAGAAGGCACUCAGUGCUGCUUCCGAAUGGAUUUACUCUGAGGGUGCAGAGGCAGACGAGAAGACGCUGAAGAGCAAGCUCAAGGAGCUCGAAGAUAUCGUCAACCCUAUUCUCAAGCGCAAAAAUGAGGCGGCCAAGCGCCCAGAUGCCAUCAAAGACUUCAAAGACACGAUUGCUCACAUAAAGGAAGUCAUCCAGCUUGUUGACAAUCAGAUCAAGACACAGUCAUAUGAAAGCUCCAAGAGCAGCGAAGCAGUAUCGAAAGCGUCGGCUGAAGCAUCUGCCUCUCCAUCAUCGACGGAGGCAAUUGAUGAGCUAGACGAAGAAGUCGAUGCACCUGCACAGCCCGAGAUUACCGAAGUCUCCACUGUCUACACCGAAUCCGAUCUUACGACAGUUCAGGAGGCUGCGUCCAAAGCCCAGGCCUGGAUAGACGAGAACGAGGCUAAGCAAAGCAAGCUUGGUGCAACCGACGACCCAGCCUUCACAGUCAAGGACAUCGCGGCUGAGAAGAAGAAGCUGGACGAUGUGAUUAUGGACAUGAUGAUGAAGAAGAUGAAGCACUUCAAGCCCCCGAACCAGCAGAAGCCAAAGGCAUCCAAGCCCAAGUCCAAGUCGGCAAAGGGAAAGAAGAACGCUAGUAAAAGCAAGAAGGCAGCUACAAAAGAGACGGAUGCGCCUGCCGCAGGUGAUGGGCCGAGUCGGGAGGAGUUGGAGGAAGCGCUAAAGAAGGCUGGCGUCAACAAGCCUAAUGGCGAUAACAACAUUUUGAACAAGCUUAACCUGGACAAGGAUGCAAGUGAGGAGGAAAUCCUUGCUGCGAUUAGCAAGGCUACAAAGGAGGGCAGGCUGAAGGAUGAGGGGCACAGCGAGCUAUAGGCGAUUGAUUGGAGUAGAAGGAUGCAGAUGCCAAGAGAUCAGACAGUGUUGUACUAAAUGGGCCAUGUGUAUACCAAGCGAAUGCGCCUGCACAAGCAUCGAGAUUUAAGAAGUUUAGGAAAUUUGAUUUUAUCAAUUCAAGCGACUUUUUCCA